AUGUCUACCGGAGACCCUGGGUCCCCACUGCCGGCACCGCCACCACCGGUAUCCGCCACCAGCGUCCAGCCCCCCCGCGACCGGAUCCCGAUAAGCUCGAAGAAGACGCAAGUCACGGGCCCCGCCACCGCCGCACCCAACUAUGCUGCCGCUGCGAGUCAGAUGGCGGCUCAAACACCUGAACAACAGCAACAACAACAACAGCGUGCCAAGGCUCUGGGCAGCCUCCUACAAGCCAUGGGUGCUGUACCCGGAAACCGCAUGGAUCGCUGGGUCCAGGCCAUCUACUUCGCCGAACUCUACCCCGUCGCCACCGCCACAUCGCUGAAAUUUUCGGCCUUGAACGCGAACCGGUCCGUCGAGAACAUCUUCGAUUACGCCCUUGAAGUGACUCUGUCUCACCAGAGCGCCUCGCGAGCGACUCAUGCCGACAAGAUCGAUCUCGUGGCCUGCGUCACGAGGCUGCUAUCGCCCAUCUCUCCUAUCUGCUUUGAGCCUGGAGUUCCUCUGCCGGACCAUCUUGCGGCUUAUCAACCACAGAUCUUAGGCGUACAACAUUCAUCAAUCCUGCGUAAUGGGGCGGCUCACCAUCGCGUUACGGUUGGGUUCGUCACCGGCGAGGCACGUGACGCGGCGCUCACGACGCCCCCCGCUCUCACUUGGCGAUCGGCGAAGGCCCGCUUCGCGAAGUCUCACAGGUUCCACCAUAACAUGGUCGAGCUUCGAAUCAACGUCGGUGUUCAAGGAGUGCCCUCCAUGGAUGCCAUCAUCAAAUCGUUCCAAUCACUUGUGCAAGACCUGUCAGGCAAGGGACAUUCAUGCCAACUUGUGCAGGUUCUGCGCGUUAUCAGCGUGGACAACGCCUCGGCCUUCGCCCACGUUGCCGGAGACUACUCGGCUUUCCUACACUUCGAUGACGACUCCCUAUUCCAACGCCCCAACACGACCUUGAAGGAGAUUCUACCUUCGAGGAUCGACCUUCCCACUCGAGGCAUCCCGGUUACCGCCCUUCGCCAUGACUAUGAGAAGGAGGCGGCUUGCGGUAGGUGCCACUUUGUGGGUCACGUGGGAACCUGCGGACUGGAUCAGGAGAGGAAGCGGAAGGAGGCUCACAACGGCAUCAUCAACAGCAACAAAAACACCAUCACCCACAACACCAACAUCGCGGAGGCCGAGGCCCCCAUUCCUGUGCUGGUUGUUAACAGGAUCGCAUCACAGAAUCACUUCGCCGGGCUCGAGGUCGAGGAGGGACAGGAGGAAGAGGUAACUGGCCAGGGCGAACAGGGACCGGAGGAAUCGGGGGAGGAAGACGCUGGUGAUAAGGCGGAUGACGAGGACUCGGAGGACUCGGAGAUGGAAUCGGAGGCGGCCGCGAAAACGGAGGUCAUCAAAAUUGAAAGCGAGGACGAGUCGGUCUUGGAGGACUGCAGCGGAUCCGAUGGAGAGGUGAUUGAUGAGAAUGAGGUGAUGGCGGAUGAAAGAGGUGAAACGGAAGGAGAGGUGGCUACGGAGAUGGAGGAAGAGGAGGUGGCGACGGAGGUGGGCGAUGUGGACGAAGCGAGGGGAUCGACGAAAGCGGAGAAUGCGGAAGCGACGGACUUAGGGGAAACGAACAGGCUGGACAAUGACGACGACAGCGACGCCACAGCAACCGCCGCCACCGCUUCCCGCGAAUCGACGCCGCAUGAACCAACCCCACCUCUGUCACCCGAAACUCUCGCCAAGUCGCUACGCGAGGGGGAGGAGUGGGACAGGAUCAGAGCUAACUGGGUUGAGCAGGCACGACUUGAGCGGGACCAAAGCAUCGAGAGGAGGCUCAACGCUGAAACCCCUCUGGUGCGUCACAACUUUGCCACGUGGGACGAGGACGGUGAGAUACGCUCCAUCAACAUCAGGGGGACCGCUGCGAAGUUCAAGAAGCAGGUGAUGAAGAGGUCGCAGACUGCGGCGGACCUCAGUGACCCAAGUGACGAACCGACCGACGCCAAGCGAGUCAUCAUCAAAGGGAAGAGCCGCGUCGUGGUGAAGGAUGGAAUAGAGGGGCGGAGGGUGACGAGGUCGAUGUCGGCGGCAGCGGCGAUGCAGGUCGAGGUGACGAAGGUGGACAGAGGGAAAGGAAGAGGGGUAGCUGAGGAAAAACGAUGGUCCGACCACGAGCCCGAGGACGAUGUCCUGCCCGCCCUUCCCCUCUUUGAGGACGUCACCACCGCCAAGAGCGCCUCGACCUCGACUACCCAUUAAUGAUCAAGCACACCAUCAUCACCUGGAACGUAAGAAGGGGCAUGGGGGUCCCGGAAAAACGACGUAAUAUCUACACCUACCUUUCCACAUUCAAAGCUUCCGCGAUUCUCUUACAAGAGCAUUUCAUCAGACCACAAUUCUGGCAGCUCAUCAAGGACGAGUACGAGGGCAAGCUCUUCAUCAACCAGCACUGCCUGACCCUGAUCCCGGCCGACUCGCCCCUGAUCGACGCCGAGCUCUUGCGCACCCACUCGGCACUCGACGGCCGGCUCCUCGUCACCUCCUUUCGUCUGCGGGGCGACAUCAAAAUUCUAGAAAUCAAUAACCUCUACGCGCCCGUUGACCCAAAACAACGAGCAAAAUUCUUCGACAAACUGAUCCUCCACAAAACACAGAAAUCCCACCUCCGACUCCUUGGCGGCGAUCUCAACGACUGCCCGCGCCCAGAAGUCGAUCGGCGGAACCAAAGUCGGCGCGGCCACCACUGGCCGAUUCUGAUGGGCAAGCUCGACUCGGCCUACACGGACUGCAUCCGCUACAAGCACCCCAUCACCCCAUCUUUCACUCGACCUAAUCCCAAUCGCAAGCGACCCAACUCCUUCUCCCGGCUUGACUACUUUCUCCUACAAAGAGCUCACCAAAAAAGGCUCGACCAGGCCUCGACGAUCUACGACUAUCCCAAGGAUCUUUCCGAUCACCGACCGGUCUUGAUCGUACUGGCUCUCUCAGACGAUCUUGAUGCGGCUCUCCCACAGCUCAGCCUACCUACCACAUCCAACCAACUACAUCGAAUCAAUACCACAACCUUCAAGACGGUGGAAUUUCAGCGGAUGAUGGAAGGAUGGUUGGAAGGGGCAAGCGGGGAGGAUCCGGUGCGAGAGCUUGAGGAGGUUCUGGAGGCGUGCAGGGACAGGGGUGGGGAGAUGGCGAGGAGGCUGCAUCGGGAGCGGACGGAACGGAUGGAGUAUUUGGUGGGGAGGGUGCAGGAUCUGGAGGCGUUACCGGUAUGGGGGGAGGCGGAAACGGCAGAAUGGACAAGGACGUCCGAGGAACUCAAGCGGGCGGUCGAGGAGCGCGCGCGCCUACUCCGGAUCCGAGCCCACGUCCCCGAGAUCGCUUCCGAGGAACGACUGUCGCGGCCGGUCCACGCCAAGCUCGCGGCGCGGAACUCGGACUCCAAGAUCACAGCACUGCGCUUGGGCAACGGAGAGCUAACGCAUGACAUUGAUGUCGCUCUUGACCACACGCAGGCGCAUUUCCAGCGCCUCUACCACAUCGAGCCUCGUGAUCCGGAACGCGUCGACCGACUUCGGGACGAACUCCUCGUGCCGAUCAGGGCGGCACGGACUUGCGACGACCCGCGCUCAGAUCCGCUCUUUCUGCGCCGACUCUCGGAAGCGCAGAUUGAUCUCCUCCAGCAACCCAUCACCGAGGACGAGGUCGUGGCCGCGAUCGGGACGACGCACCCGGGGCGAUCGCCGGGCCCGUCGGGCGUGCCUUACGAACUCUAUCAGACCGCACCGGAGGCGUGGUCCAAGGUGCUGACCAAGGCCUACAACGCGAUGAUCGAGCGCGGUUCACUCUCUCCCAAGCAGGGCCAGGGACUCGUGCGCCUCAUCUUCAAGCGCCACAAGAAGAAUGCCGAUCGCGCCGAACUCUCGUCGUAUCGCCCCAUCACCCUGCGCGAGUGCGAUUACAAGAUUUUUACCAAGGUCUACGUCGCCCGAUUGAACCAAAUUCUGCCCGAUCUCCUCCCGCCGCAGCAGCACGGCUUCGUCAAGGACCGCCGAUCGGCCGACGCUGCACUACACCUUCGUCUCCUGAUCGAGGAACUUGGCGCGCGCAGGACCGAGUUCCCCGCGGCCGCGCUCUUGUCUCUUGACCAAUCAUCCGCCUACGACCUCGUCGAGCAUGACUGGAUCUUUGCCAUUUUCGACGCUCUGGGCGCUCCUACCACCUUUCUUCGCGUGCUGAGGAUGCUCUACUCGGGUGACUCGACCUCGGCGCGCUACAUCAUCAAUGGGUUCCUGACGGCGCCGGUGCGACUGACGUGUGGGCUCGGCCAAGGGGACCCGGCGUCAUCGUCGGUCUGGGACAUCGUGUUUCAGCCGUUCCUGGAUGCUCUACACCGUCGAAACAUCGCGCUGAAUCUCUCCAUACCUGCACUUCAUCCGUACCCACAGAGCCGCGCCAUUACAUCACUUGCAUUUGCCGAUGACGUUGUCGUCGCCGUCGCGGGCUUGGAGUCACUCAACUUGCUCGAUGACCUGGCGCUCGACUGGAGGCAUGCAACGAAUGGCCGGCUCAACACGGACAAGACGGUCGUCCUACCGAUUGGACGUCGCUGGGACCCUGGGGAACGGCCAAUCGUCGUCAAGGCCGCAGGCGAGUCGCUCGAGUGGAUCGGCCUCCCCUUCGACCCCAGCGGCGACACCGAACUCGCCUACGCGAAUCUCAUCGAACGGCUCGAGGCGACGCUGGAAGCGGUUCAGCAUCGCUGGCUCACGCACCACACCCGUGCCUUUUACGUCAAUCGGUACGCCAUUCCCAAGAUCCUGCAUUUCCUUGCAGCCGACAUCCCGCCGCCCGAAGUCGUCAAGAAGCUCGAUGACAUGCUCGUCGAUUUCGUCCGUGGGGGCAAGGGCAGGACCAGCUACGGCAGAGACAUUGUGUUCACCGCCAAGAACAAGGGGGGACUCGGGGUGAUAAGGAUGCGGGACGUUGUGGACGCGGUUGCGGCACGGCUCUGGGACGUUCUUCUCGGCGGUUCCGGCGCGAUUUGGCAAGGACUUGCGCGCGCAUCACUCCAGCGAGCUCAGCCCGACCUCGACCUGGCCACCGAUCUCUGGCCACAUCCAUCCACUCCCAUCCCCAACGACCUUCAUCCCCGAUGGCACGCCGCACUGGGCGUUCCGAAACUUCACGACGCGCAGGUCAACCCGAGGGCCUUGACCACCGCGAACUUGCUCGCGCUGCCCACCCUGCUCGGCAGCCUCCACACCCCCAUCAGAGGGAGACAGACCAUCGACGCGGUUCAUGUACCUGACUACCUUCGUCUCCAGGGCUACCCGAAGGUGGCGGAUCUCUAUCGACGCGAGUUGUAUGCGGGUGGGGGGUUUCACCUCUGGACGCCGCCGGCGGAUGUGCUCGGCGACAACAGCGAGUACGAUCGACGCGGGCUCCCGCAGCGACUGGCAAUCGCGGCCUGGUACCGGUUCACUGUCGAUCGACACAAGAACACCCCCUUGGCGGCGGCGGUGGCGGCGGGACGACUCAACGUGCCUCCCCGGAUCGGCACCAGCGCACCACUCGAGGCGAUCAUCCCCAAGCCCGUGGCCCGCUUCGCAAUGGAGCAGCGCCUUCCGGACCCGGUGCUUCCACAACAGGCGAGCCAGUAUACGCUGCUGAACAUGGCUCGCCCCUACACAGUCCGUCGCAUCCGCCGGGUCCUGAACGCGAAGGCAUUUACCAACAUGCUCGGGCUCAAGGGACCACCGCAGCCGGACGACCUCAGGAGCUUCUGGAAGGCAGUCAACUCGAAGGCACUGACGGCGAGGGAGAGGGAAGUUUGGUUCAAGCUGAUCCUCCGCUUCACCCCGACGCGCAAACUCCAGCACGAGCAAAAGCACGACACUUCUCCCGCGUGCCUCGUGUGCGAAGCGCCGGUGGACGACACCGAUCACUACUUCUUCGGCUGCGUCGACUCGCGGAACAUCUGGACCGCGGCAAGGGGCGUGCUCUGCGACGCGCUCGGAUGCGACACGAUCGAGGACGCCGAGUACACGACACUACAACGACUCUUUGGCCUCCCCAAGCUCAAGGCCAAGCUCAGCGAACAGGAAGGCGCAGGCAGGACGAUCGAGAUCUUCACGGGGAUGGUCUUGGAGAUGAUCAGCAGUGGGAGAUGGAGGAUGCAGAAGCACGGGACGAGGAUGGAAAGCCUGGAGCGGAGGAGGGUGGUACUGGAGGAGAGGAUGAAGUUGAGGGCGGGGGGAGCAAGGGGCGGGCGAGGGCAGUAGAGGCUGGGUUCGAUUUCCCCCCACCCGAUCCCACACUCACACACCCCACAUCACACAUCCUCUUACAAAAACUGUAUACUAAAUAUAUUUUCUUCAUCUUUCUUUCUUUUAUUACAGGUCUGCCUCCGUUGCUCAUGGACCGGCUCGCGAUUUGGGAUUGACUCGACGGUGGCUCGCGCUCUUUGGCUUCGGGGUUCUGAGUCAAGGGAGGGAUCAGCAGACACAGGCAGAAAGUCGGCUUUGAGGGGCCAGGGACUGCUGAGGUGGAGGUUUUGAGGGGCCUCCACCGCGUCUUGUUGUGACCGAGCAUAGACUUGGGGACUUCGCGGGUCAGGGUAGCUGCGCAGUCGCUCUCCUGUCUUUGUCUCGACCGAGUUGGGAAGUGGGUGCGGGGUGGGCCUCUUGUCGUUAGUACGCCAGUUCUUUUUCAUUUUCUCUCUUUCUCUUCUCUCUCUCAUUCGUCUCCUGGGGGGGAGCAACCGCUUGGCUGGGGCACUUGAAUCCGAAGUAUCGGAUUGGUGGACUUGGCCCGUUUCUCGCAUCUUGCGGGCGGUUUGUGUUAUCAUCGUCGACUUCCAUCUAGUUUUUCCGUAGGCCAAUCAGGGGGAACAGGACUUGGGGGCAAUAUGAUGAACAGUUUCUACAAAAAAAAAAAAAAAAAAAAGUGGACAAGAACACACCCUUGGCGGCGGCGGUGGCGGCGGGACGACUCAACGUGCCUCCCCGGAUCGGCACCAGCGCACCGCUCGAGGCGAUCAUCCCCAAGCCCGUGGCCCGCUUCGCAAUGGAGCAGCGCCUUCCGGACCCGGUGCUUCCACAACAGGCGAGCCAGUAUACGCUGCUGAACAUGGCUCGACCCUACACAAUCCGUCGCAUCCGCCGGGUCCUGAACGCGAAGGCUUUCACCAACACGCUCGGGCUCAAGGGACCACCGCAGCCAGACGAUCUCAGGAGCUUCUGGAAGGCGGUCAACUCGAAGGCACUGACAGCGAGGGAGAGGGAAGUUUGGUUCAAGCUGAUUCUCCGCUUCACCCCGACGCGCAAGCUCCAGCACGAGCAAAAGCAUGUCACUUCUCCCGCGUGCCUCGUGUGCGAAGCGCCGGUGGACGACACCGAUCACUACUUCUUCGGCUGCGUCGACUCGCGGAACGUCUGGACCGCGGCAAGGGGCGUGCUCUGCGACGCGCUCGGAUGCGACACGAUCGAGGACGCCGAGUACACGACACUACAACGACUCUUUGGCCUCCCCAAGCUCAAGGCCAAGCUCAGCGAACAGGAAGGCGCAGGCAGGACGAUCGAGAUCUUCACGGGGAUGGUCUUGGAGAUGAUCAGCAGUGGGAGAUGGAGGAUGCAGAAGCACGGGACGAGGAUGGAAAGCCUGGAGCGGAGGAGGGUGGUACUGGAGGAGAGGAUGAAGUUGAGGGCGGGAGGAGCAAGGGGCGGGCGAGGGCAGUAG